UCGGAGAUCAGCCGCGGCGGGGAGCGAGCCGCGCGGAGCCGCAGCUGGUACCGGCGCGUGGGCUAGCCGGGUCAGGUGGGAGGCGAUGAGGUCACCGUGUCAGCAGGCGGCCGGCCGCCACUAAAGACCGCCAGCCGGCCGACAGUCGGCGUCCGGUUCAGCCAGCAGCAGCAGCGCGCUCGAGUCGGCGGCGGCGACGGCGGAGGACCGGCCGGCCAGCGCAGACGCUCGGAGGCCCACCUCGGGUCCGCACGUCAACCGACGCCGACAGAGGUCCGCGACAGCCGUCAGGCUCCGGAGCGGGGCGCAUCUCAGCCGGCAGCGUAGCUUCAGCUGAGGCACUAGUCUCCCCGCCAGCGGUGUGGCCUCAACUGAGUGCAAGUGGCCCAGCAUGUUGUCGCGGCCUGCCGUGCUGCUGCUGCUGCCGCUGCUGGCGGUCGGCACCGUCUUCUGCGUGCCGGCCGAGCUGCCGGAGCCGGAAGGGUCGGGUGAACAUGCUCCUCUGACGGUUGCGGAGCCGGAGCCGGAGCCGGGCCUGCAAACGCUGGAAACGGCUGCAUCGGACAUCGAGCAGACAGAGCGCAAGGACGAACUGUUCAACUCGCUGGCCGACCUGCUGUCCCGGCAGGACCAGGCUCUGCCGGAGCCGGAGCAGUUGCAGGAGGAACCUGCAGUGGAACCAUGGAGCACCAUGGAGCAGGAGUCCGAGCAGAAGCCGGCGUUGGAGAAGGAACCUAAGCAGGAAUCGGAGCAGGAUCCGGAGCAGGCAGAGGAGCAGGAGCCUGAGCAGGGGCUGGGCCAAGUGGAGGGGCUGGUGCAGGAGGCGGACACCACUUCCGAGACGGUGGUGGUGCCGGUGCGCCUGACCGGGGUGCCAGUGGUGCCCACCCUGCCUGGGGAUGAGGCCCCGGAAGAGGCCGGCCCUGGUGCCGACCAGCCCCCCGCUGAUGUUCCGCUGAGUGCAAACGAGGUGCCGCUGCCGGCACCCGGCCGCCAGCCAGUCCAGGAGCCGGUCAUCGUGGCUGAGACGGCGCCCUGCCUCGGCUGCGUGACGCCCAUACUGCACGAUGGCGCCGACCUGCGCCGCGUCGCCAACAUGGCCUCCAAACUGCUGGAGGAGAGGCUCGACGCCCGGUUUUCGUUCCGCGUCACGGAGGUGUACCGCGCCAGCAAGCAGAUUGUGAAUGGCAUCAAGUACUUCCUGACGCUGGAGCUGGCGUCCACCUCGUGCGAGCGACCCGUGCCGCCGUUCACGCUCUGUUACGUGGGCGAGGACGCGGAGAAGGUGAUCUACAGCGUUGAGAUGCUGCAUCAGCCACACAGGGCCAACACGGAGCUGAUCUCGCUCAGGAAGCCAGCGCGACUCCCGUAA